GCGACUGCGCGCUUAAACUAAAAUUUGAAUGGGCUUGCCCCUAUUAAAACUGACCAAUGAAUGAGAAAGAUAAAGGUCAAGAAUCAAUUAAUCAAUGCUUGUCAUUGGCUGCAUGCAGUGGAGACAUUUAGGAACCCUAGAAGUUAUAACGGAGAGAUAUGAAGAGUGAAAGAAAGGGGAAACGAUAUUCCCUGCCCUCACCGCUACAGUCCUGCGGCUGACGGCAGCGCCGAACAUUCUACCUUGGAGAGAACAGCUUGUCAGUGGGAGGUAACCUACAUGAUGCCCCCCUCGUGCAUUUAUCAAUUCAGUGUCCAUCCGUGUUGCUGCGCCGUGCGUUUUAUUUGUGUACGUAAAUGCCUAGCGCACUGAGGUAUUGUAAAGCGCACCGAUGGAUGCAGCCUGCGUGCGCGUUUUGGAACGGGGUAAUUUGUGAUCACAUCUGAAGCAGCUUAAAACACACUGCAGUGAGCAGAAAAGAAGACGGGGCUUGGACGAGCAGCACUCUGUGGAUAAUAAGCCCUUUGUAAUUCCUUACCCCCGUGUGUGUCACAUCAAUGGAUAGGCGAGGCUUGAAUUGCCGAAAUGCAUAGAUGGAAGUGAUGACUGCCUUCGGUGAACUAUAACUCCCGUCCAGACAGGGUGAAUGAAGGCUCGGCGCGGACAACAUGUAAGAAUUGAGCCUUUGGUGUACAACUAAGUCUCCUCACUCUUGAAGCCGCUACCUGCAUUUCUGAUGUGGGCUUAAAGGCUUCUUGAGGAUACCUGCUGGAUUUUUUUCUUUCGGUGUUGCAUCCCAGAUUAACGCAUUAUUCCUCUCGAAAAUGGAGAACGGAGCAACCCUGAAGAGACGAGAGAGAUAUUGUGUAUUCUCGACAACUUUAUCAAUUCUCCAAUACAUAGGAUACCUAUUCACUCACUGAACUGCGGGACUUCUUUCAUCGACAUAACCAGGAGGGAAAAUAGAAAUAAGCAUCUUGAAGUCCGCACUGGGUUGUGAGGUGAAAUCUAAUCAGAUGCAGCAGGGUUGAUGACUGUAAUACGGACUUGAAGAAAAGUUACAGCGAGCGGGACGUUUAAAAUAAUCCCACCUCUGCCCCUCAAUGUAUGGAUGAUGGUCUGUCAUACAUCAAAUGUCAGGAUUUAUCUAACUGGGAAUUGACCACAUGAGGUUCUCCGUGCUCUACAUGUUGUGGAGAGGUUACUUUCUUAACAUUUAGUUUAGAUCUGAGAGAAAAUAAAAACAGUGUGACUUCAAUUUCACCUAACUCGUCAUUUGGAGAAAACCUGGGAUCACCGUGGACAUCGCUUUACAUCGGGAGAGUAGUUCCAACAAUGGUGUUAUGUGCGUCCUGAACAAAAAUAGGAAAUAUCGGAUGCAUUAUCAUCACUGUGAGAGUUAAUAGCAUGUUCAUUCAGACUAAUGUGUGGAUUACAUACCACGUCGUUUUGAGAGUGGGAGCACAAUGUGUCUGACAAGAAAACAUCACCACGGAUUCGGCCAAAUCGCCUGAGAAUUGCGGAUGUUUUAUCGAUGCAGUUUUUGGGGAGAGAGCGGGAGAGGGACCGUUCUCCGUCUAAAGCAGACACCCUGCAGACCUCGGCGUCUUCGUGAACAAGGACAGCUUUAUGGUGGAUUGGAAGUUAACAUGAGGAUGACCAGAACCCCUUGGAACUGUGAUUGAAUUGGCAGUGAGCCCAAAUCCUCAUUCCAAAGAGUGGAAGACCAGUCAAUAAAUUAUGAAUGUUAAACAAGAUGACCUCCUCUCAGCAGCAGCAGAUGAUGCGAGGUCCUAGGUGGAACCGGGCCUUGUCCGACCCUUUGUUUGUGGUGCUUCUGGCCCUGCAACUGCUGGUGGUGGCAGGGCUGGUACGUGCUCAGACAUGCCCCUCUGUCUGCUCCUGUAGUAACCAGUUCAGCAAAGUCAUCUGCACCCGACGAGGUUUGCGGGAAGUCCCUGAUGGCAUCUCUACCAACACACGCUACCUGAAUCUGCAAGAAAAUCUCAUUCAGGUCAUAAAGGUGGACAGCUUCAAGCACCUAAGACAUCUGGAGAUCCUGCAGCUGAGCAAAAACCACAUACGCAAAAUUGAGCUGGGGGCCUUCAAUGGACUGGCCAGCCUCAAUACCUUGGAGCUUUUUGAUAACCGCCUCACCACUAUCCCAAACGGGGCAUUUGAGUACCUGUCCAAACUAAAGGAGCUUUGGCUGAGGAAUAACCCCAUCGAGAGCAUUCCCUCCUAUGCUUUUAACAGAGUGCCCUCGUUAAGGCGUUUGGACCUUGGGGAGCUCAAACGGCUCUCCUACAUAUCUGAGGGGGCCUUUGAAGGGCUGAGCAACCUGCGCUACUUAAAUCUGGGAAUGUGCAAUCUGAAGGAAAUUCCCAACCUUAUUCCCCUGGUGAAGCUGGAUGAACUGGAGAUGUCGGGGAACCAGCUAGCUGUCAUCCGACCUGGCUCUUUUAAAGGGCUCAUCCAUUUGCAGAAGCUAUGGAUGAUGCAUGCACAGAUCCAGACCAUAGAAAGGAACUCUUUUGAUGACCUGCAGUCACUAGUGGAGCUCAAUCUAGCCCAUAACAACCUUACCCUCUUGCCCCAUGAUCUCUUCACUCCUUUACAUCACCUGGAGAGGGUGCACUUGCACCACAACCCGUGGAAUUGUAACUGUGACAUACUCUGGCUAAGCUGGUGGCUUAAGGAGAUGGUGCCAGCAAACACCAGCUGCUGUGCCCGCUGCAGCUCACCAACCCAGCAUAAGGGACGAUACAUUGGCGAGUUGGACCAGAACUACUUUCACUGUUAUGCUCCUGUUAUUGUGGAGCCUCCUGCGGAUCUAAAUGUGACAGAGGGAAGCGCUGCAGAGUUGAAAUGCAGAGCCAGCUCAUUGACCUCUGUAAGCUGGAUUACACCCAAUGGUUCCAUCAUGACACACGGUGCUUACAAGAUCAGAAUCUCCGUGCUGAAUGACGGCACUCUGAACUUCACCAAUGUUACCAUGCAGGACACAGGCACAUACACAUGUAUGGUCAGUAAUUCUGCAGGUAACACAACAGCAUCUGCCACACUCAAUGUGUCCUCUACAGAGAACAGCAGCUUCAGUUACUUCACCACAGUGACAGUGGAGACCAUAGAAACGCCACAUAAUGAAGGCUUCACCACCGCUGUGCAACAGAAGGUAGGCCCCACACCCUCUGCUGGUACAUGGGAGUCUGUUUCACCCACCUCUACAACUACCACCACAGUCCGGACCCCGCUCUCCACCCGCGCCACAGAGAAGACUUACACAAUCCCUGUCACAGAGCUGGGUGGGGAGGGCUCGCUGAACGGCUUGGAUGAGGUAAUGAAGACGACCAAGAUCAUCAUUGGCUGCUUUGUUGCGAUCACACUAAUGGCAGCGGUCAUGCUAAUCAUCUUCUACAAGAUGCGCAAACAGCACCACCAGCAGAACCACCACGCACCCACACGCACCAUUGAGAUCAUCAAUGUGGACGAGGACUGUGUAACAGGAGGCCCAGGCAUGGAGGGCCACCUGACCCUGCCUCCUCUUGAGCACGAGCACCUCAACCACUAUAACACCUAUAAGACUGCAUACAACCAUGCCUCCACGAUCAACUCCAUACACAGCUCAGCGCACGAACCUUUGUUAAUCCGCGCCAGCUCAAAAGACAAUGUACAAGAGACCCAAAUCUAAUACUUUUUUUCAAAAUGAGACAUUAUAAAACUGAUGGAAUUACAUAAAGACAUUACUGACAGGACAUAACUGACAAUUGGUUGAGAGAACUAUGGCUCAAACAUAGAAGAACAGACUUGUGUGUUUGGCAAAUCAGUGGCUGGUGAUGUUUAUUCAAUGACUUUGGGAAUUAGGGUAUGUCUACUGUUUCAAAAAGUGUCUUUACAAAACAGAAGUUAUUUAUUUAAGAAAAAAACUAUUGUGGUUAAAUCAAGAAAAAACUGUAUUCUGCAAUUAUUUUUUCAGCACUUAAUUCAUGUUUUUUUCACCUUCCUCUCAUUUCAUGGGAUUGGUUUACUAAUAUGCAUUCAAACUCUGUUUGAAGACAUCUGUUGAAGAAAAACUCCUGACAUUUUUUUUUUUUUCUUAUUUGGUAAACUGCAUUCUUUGGAUCUGAUGAGAUAGUAACCUCAUUUCCCCCAUGUAUCAAAGGAAUUUUCUCCAGCUGUAGAUUAAGUGAUGAAAUAUUUUGUGACCAUCUAUAACUGAGAUAAAUUGAACACUUGUUACAAUGAGUAACUGUCUGACAACAUUUUAUCUGUCCCAUACAUGUUAGGCACUCUCUG